GACACGACACAGCUCCUCCCAGUCCGUCCCAAUCCACUCACCGCACGACACCCCGCUCGUUCCCCAAGUAGCUAGCAGCAAGCAAAGAUCCAUCUUCUGGCCGUCUCGUGAUGAUGAGCGGCGGCGUCAGCGGCAUGGAGUCGUCGUCCUCAUCCGGGAGCUCCUCUGGUUCGGCUGCCGGGGCGGGGGUGGCGCCGUUCGUGGCCAAGACUUACGGGAUGGUGGACGACCGGCCCACCGACGCCGUCGUCGCGUGGGGGCCCGCCGGCAACAGCUUCGUCGUCGCCGACCCCUUCGCCUUCUCGGAGAUGCUGCUGCCCGCGCACUUCAAGCAUUCCAACUUCUCCAGCUUCGUCCGGCAGCUCAACACCUACGGCUUCCGCAAGGUGGACCCGGACCGGUGGGAGUUCGCGCAUGCCUCCUUCCUCCGCGGCCAGACGCACCUCCUGCGCCACAUCGUCCGGCGCCAGAGCAGCGGUACCGGAGGCAGGCGCGGCAAGGACGACCGCGAAGAUGAAGACGGCAGCAGCGCGAUGUUAGCCAUGGAGGUGGUCCAGCUGAGGCGGGAGCAGAGGGCCACCGAGGAGCGCGUGGCGGCGAUGUGGCGCCGGGUGCAGGAGACGGAGCGCCGGCCCAAGCAGAUGCUCGCCUUCCUGCUCAAGGUGGUCGGCGACCCCGACAUGGUGCGCCGCCUCGCAGGCAGCGGCCAGGACGAGGACGCGCGGGUCAACAGGCCGCGGCUGCUUCUCGACAGCAGGGAAGAACAGAGGAUGCCCGUCGACGGGCAGUCGUACCACAAUCACAGCAACCUGAACAUGGAGGAGGCCUAUGUGCUGGAGCCCAGCGUGGAAUUGUACUACGCCGGAGGCGACGUGCAGGCGGACGGCGGCGGACACCCGCCGUACGCGUUCCACGUCAACAGCGGCUACUGACUGCGUGCGUGAACGCUGUCCGGCAUCUGUAUUUUGUGGCUUUGUCGAGAGAGAAAUAGGCACGUGCAGGAAGCUAGCCAGAUACUAAAUACUCCGGCAUAGCUCAGGAACAGAAACGCCGCACUU